CAGCGGGCUGGCAGCCGAGGAGGAGAUGCCCGAGCUGUCCGAUGGCGAGGACGCCUGGGAGGAGGAGGAGGAGGAGAUGGAAGGGGAAGGCACCGCCGAGGACCGGCGGACCUGCUGUCUCUUUUGCGACAGGUUCUUCAGUUCUGCUGAAGAUGUAUUCUCCCACUGCAAAGCAGAGCAUCACUUUAAUGUUUGUGAAGUGAUCAAGAAACAUGGACUUGAUUUUUAUGGAUAUGUGAAACUAAUAAACUUUGUUAGAUUAAAGAAACCAACAGGAACAUACUUGAGUUCAGUCAGCAGCCCACUGCCUUGGGAAGGAGAGGAAUAUUUGAAACCAGAGCUGGAAGAUGAUCUCCUGCUUCAGUUUGACAUAGAAGAUCUUUGUGAGCCUGCAAACGUUUUGCCCUGUAAUGGUUUAAAUGAGUCUGUGAUGCUCCUUGAACAAUUAAAACAUGCAGAACACAGAGCAAGACUUGCAGAAGCAGCCUUGGCUAGAGCACAAGAUGAUCUACAGAAAAUGAAACUAUUUGCCCAGGAUUUUGUGCUGAAGGCAGACGUGGGGAGCAGCUCGUCAUCCAGCGCCAUUGCAGACCUUCAGGAGGAUGAGGAUGGUGUUUACUUCAGCUCCUACGGGCAUUAUGGGAUACACGAGGAGAUGCUAAAGGAUAAAGUGCGCACAGAAAGCUAUCGAGACUUCAUCUAUCAAAACCCACAGAUCUUCAAGGACAAGGUGGUUUUGGACGUUGGCUGUGGAACUGGAAUACUCUCCAUGUUUGCUGCCAGAGCAGGUGCAAAGAAAGUGAUUGGAGUGGACCAAUCUGAAAUUAUCUAUCAAGCCAUGGACAUUGUUAGAUUAAAUAAACUUGAAGACAUAAUUACAUUAGUCAAAGGAAGAAUUGAAGAAGUAGAUCUGCCUUUGGAGAAAGUGGAUGUAAUUGUAUCUGAAUGGAUGGGUUAUUUCCUUCUCUUCGAGUCAAUGCUGGAUUCUGUCAUCUAUGCAAAGGACAAGUACCUGGCAGAGGGAGGCUCAGUUUAUCCUGACAGCUGCAACAUUAGUCUGGUAGCUGUUGGGGACAUGAAUAAACAUGAGGAGAAACUGCUUUUCUGGGAAGAUGUGUAUGGCUUUGACAUGUCCUGCAUGAAGAAGGCUGUCAUUCCCGAGGCUGUGGUGGAGGUGCUGGAUCCAAGCACACUGAUCUCUACAGCCACUGUUAUUAAGCAUAUUGACUGCAAUUCUGCAUCCACUCCAGACUUGGAGUUCUCUUCAGAUUUCACCCUGAAGAUUACAACGAGCACAAAGUGUACGGCAAUUGCUGGUUAUUUUGAUGUGUUUUUUGAGAGGAACUGUCACAACAAGGUCUUGUUUUCAACUGGUCCCCAGUGUACCAAGACACACUGGAAACAGACAGUUUUUCUCCUGGAGAAACCAAUUCCUGUAGAAGCAGGAGAGGCCCUGAGAGGGAAGAUCACAGUCCGCAAAAACAGGAAGGAUCCACGGUCCCUCUUCAUAACCCUUGCCGUGAAGGACAGGCAGCAGACCUACAGCCUGCAGUGAGAACUCUGUGCAUGUGACUUGGGGAAAGGUCAAAUUUAACUGCUAGGUGUAGCUGUUGAUAACUGUUUGUAAGUACCCAGAAGUGGUGAACUCUUGGAUCUGUGUAUGCAUUUGCACACCCCAGGACACGCAAAGCUUCCCUCGACCUGAGAAUACCUUUGGACGCUUUCACGCUGGGCUGUGGAGACUGAGGACAAAAGCAGCUGUUCCACCUGAGGUGGGGAAGACAAGAAAGAGGAUUUGCUUUACAUGAGCCUGCUGGAUGAGAAGAAAAACAAAACACAACAAAGGCUUGCUGUGAGGAACAAUAAACAUGAUCUCUCGAUGUCAUACUCUCCAAUGGGCAAAAUCCUCCUGAAUUAGUGUGGUUUGUUUUAAUGAGGAAAGAAGGAGGUGAAUUGUGUGUGAGCACACCUCAAGAGUAGCUGGAAAAUCCCAGGGGGGGAUAAGUUUUGGAAUUCCAACUGCAGGAUUGCAGCAGCAAAGACUUUAUUUUUGCUACACUUCUGUAAUUAAAAACCUGGUAUCACAUUUGGGUUACAUUUAGCUAAAUAAAUGAA